CAACAUUCCAUGGUCAUCACCUGCAGGUGCAGCAUCAAAUUUGGUUCAUGAAAGAAGUUGCGCCAAGUGUUCUUGUGAGAUUUUCCUCUUCCACACUCGGUCCUGCCGACGGGUUCACGCCGCCUGAAUUAGCACGGGAAGCUUCGGUCGUGUCCGGAUGGCUUUGGAUUCGCUCGCCUGCGUUCUCCUCUGCCUGCUGCUGGGCCAGGCGCUCGCCAAAUGUGUUCCCCAAAACUACACGCUCUACGUGGAGAGAGAAGGCUGCGAACACUGCGUGGCUGUCAACACCACCGUGUGCAGAGGCUUCUGUUUUUCACGGGACACCAAUAUGAAGAAGUGUGGGUUGAAGGGCUUUCCGGUCCAGCGGGCCUGCAUGUACCAGUCGCUGGUCUACCACGCUGUGAGCCUGCCGGGCUGCCCGCCUGACGUGGACCCCCUCUUCUCCUUCCCCGUGGCCCUGCGGUGCCACUGCAGCCGCUGCAACACCAGCAACACCGAAUGCCUCCACCGGGGCAAGAGGCUGCCCAACCCAUGCGACAGCACCCUCUGCUACGCCAAAGGCCCGCCUAAAGCAGCGACCGCCACCUCACUGACGGGAACAUACCAGGAAAAUCAAAAAAUGGGUGAAGCUGCUGUAAUUUAUCAGGAAGUUUGAACAAGGAAGUUUGAUCAAGGAAGUUUGACCGAUUUUGACCUGCGGCGUUGCUACAGAGAAUAAACUAUUUUUGAUUGGUUCAGGCAUGUGAGAGGUUGACAGCUCGUAGUAGCUCCAGUUAGUAGCUCCAGCCCAAUGCGAGGGCCAUUGAAUCCUCUCUUUGUCAUCACUGCCCUAAUUGCACUUGCUAGCUUGACUGUCACUAUAUUUCACUCUGAUUGUUUAGUAUGUGAAAUGUCAGGUGGCAUUUGCACACAGCUGGAAGUAGCAAUGAAGUAGAGUUAAAAAGUGAAGUUAACUACAAUAGGAUAUAUUGUCUACUAUAUAUCAGUGUUUUCCAUUGAGAUGAAUAUCUGUGUAGUUCACUGGCAGCAGCUGCUGUCUUUAUAGCCUUGAUAGGAUGAUGAAGUAAUCAGGUCAGGUUUUGGUGUAUAUCGCAGGGACAGUGUUUUCAGACCAUUAAUGGAAAGCACACACUGUGUCUGAGAAUUGUAUUUAUUUGACCUUUAUUUAACCAAGUAGAGCAGAUGAGAAAUACUGUAACUUCCCUGUCUGUGCACUACUCCACAUCUGCACAGUAUGCAUCUGCUGCUAUUAUCUCUGUGUCUUCACAAAGUCAGGAAUGCUACAAGUGUCCUCACAAUGUCAGGAAUACCAGGAGUGUCCUCACAAAGUCAGGAAUACUUAAAUGUAAGCCUUAGCCUUCCUUUGUGUCUGUUCUGUUGAAAGUGCAAUAAACUGAACGAUUGCU